UGGAAGAGGUGGGGCCGAGGGGGCGCCGCCCAUGCUGCCCUGCUUUCAGCUGCUGCGCGUCGGAGGCGGCAGGGGCGGUGAUCUCUACACCUUCCACCCCCCAAGCGGCGCUGGAUGCACCUAUCGCUUGGGCCACAGGGCUGACCUGUGUGAUGUGGCCCUGAAGCCCCAACAGGAGCCCGGCCUGAUCUCUGGAGUCCACGCGGAGCUGCACGCCGAGCGCCAGGGUGAUGCCUGGAGGGUCAGCCUGGAGGACUGCAGCAGCCAAGGGACUUUGGUCAAUAAUGUCCGACUCCCAAGGGGUCACAAGCUGCAGUUGAGUGAUGGUGACCUUCUGACCUUCGGCCCUGAAGGGCCCCCAGGAACCAGCCCCUCGGAGUUCUACUUCAUGUUUCAGCAAGUCCAUGUCAAACCUCAAGAUUUUGCUGCCAUUACCGUCCCACGGUCUAGGGAAGAGGGACCAGGAGCUGGUUUCUGGCCCAUGCUGCCCCCACAGGGGGCUCCACAGCGCCCCCUCGGCACCCUGGCCUCAGCCCCGAGAGCCACGCUGAUCCUCAACUCCAUUGGCAGCCUCAGCAAGCUCCAGCCCCAGCCCUUCACCUUCUCACGGACUGGGGGUGGGCCACAGAGCCGGCCUGCUCCCAUUCCCCCUGGGGCAGUGGAGACCGCCCCUUCUGCCCCACCCCCAAGAAAUCGGAGGAAAUCGGCUCACCGAGUGUUGGCAGAAUUGGAUGAUGAGAGAGAGGCUCCUGAGAGCCCCCCACUAGUCCUUAGAGAGCCCAGGAAAAAACUCCGAGUAGACAAAACCCCUCUGACAUCUAGUGGAAAUCGUCAUGGGCGUCCUCCGAAGUACCCAGUGAGCACCAUGACUGCCCCUGCUGCUGGGGCCGGGGAGCCCUGUGCAGCCCCUUGUUGCUUCCUGCCCCAAGAAGAGACAGUGGCCUGGGUUCAGUGUGAUGGUUGUGACGUCUGGUUCCACGUGGCCUGUGUUGGCUGCAGUAUCCAGGCUGCCAGGGAGGCUGACUUCCGGUGCCCAGGGUGUCAUGCGACUGUCCAGACCUAAGGCCCUCCACCAAGGGGCCAGACAGCUGGCACCUCCAGGCCAUGGGUGGACACGAGGGAAUACCAGUGGGUUCUAAGAACUGCUUUCUCUUGCCUGCCCAGGAGGGAAUGCCCACAGUGCUGGGGUCCAUUGCUAUGGGUCUAGAACAGGCCCUCAUGGCCAACGUGACAGAAGAGAUGGUUUCCUGCCAAAGAUAACACUGCCUGCAGGAAGUUGCCAGUGAGCUGGAAAUUCCCAGGUCCUGGCUGCCAUUCACACUAGAAUGUCUGUGACCAGAGCUCUGGUCAAUUGCAGAGACCAUGCCUGGGAAGAUGUAAGCCCCAGACACUAACAAGUGAGUUCUCAACAUUCUUGGAUGGCAUCACCUGAGGCAUUCUGGGGGAAACCUAGAGCACUGCCCCCAAACUUCCUUAUAUUGUGGGGAGUCCUAUUGCUGACCCUGUUUGUAGCCUGGCUUUUCAGAGGUUUGCUUUCAUUUCCAAAUAAAGAGUAGCUUCAUUCA